CUCCAGCUGCGCACCGAUGUAGUGACAUCCUACUAACCUACAUUUCAACCUGAAAGGGACAAUUGCGGCGAAAUGAAGAUUUGCUUACGGACAUAAGUGCAUCUAGGGCGAAGAAACAUAGAAUAAAAGUCCAAUAUGAGGACUAUGGAGAAGGAGUUGCAGUGUCCAGUGUGCAAGGACAUUGUCAAGCAGCCCAUCGUGCUCCCCUGCCUGCACAGUGUGUGUCUGAUGUGUGCUUCAGAAGUGCUGAUCCAGAGUGGGUACCCUCAGCCCGAGCUGCCCCCGGAGCCCAACUCACCCGCCUCCACCCCCAACACGAGGUCCCCUCGGCAAAUGCGCAGACCCAUGCCUAAGUCCGAUCGUGUUGAUCGCUUGUUGCGCUCGGGUUCUGGGACAUACCCGGGUCGCAGGCGAAAGGAGGGUCCUCCAUCACUCAUGCUUUUCCCUUGUGCCCCCUGUGGGCGAGAUGUAGAACUAGGUGAGAGAGGAUUGGCUGAUUGCAUGAGGAACCUUACUCUGGAGAGAAUUGUGGAAAGGUACAGACACACAGUGAGUCUGGGCAGUGUGGCUGUCAUGUGUCAGUUCUGUAAACCGCCACAGGCCCAGGAGGCCACUAAAGGUUGUGCUGACUGCAGGGCCAGCUUCUGUAAUGAGUGCUUUAAACUCUACCACCCCUGGGGCACUCCCCGCGCCCAGCACGAACAUGUUCUGCCUACCCUGAACUUCAGACCCAAGGUGUUGACAUGCCCAGAACAUGAUCAGGAAAGGCUGCAGUUUUACUGCAAGUCCUGUCAGAUGCUUCUUUGUGCACUUUGUAAAUUGCGCAGAGUUCACACGGGCCACAAGAUGGCACCCGUCUCCCAGGCCUAUCAGACUCUCAAGGAUAAGAUCACCAAGGAGCUCAACUAUAUCCUGUCCAAUCAGGACAUGGUGUUGACUCAAAUCACCCAAUUGGAGAAUGCCCUCACCCAAACUGAGGGGAACAGUGUAUCGGCCAAAGAGCAGCUCUCCCACUGCCUGAAGGAGAUAAUGGCAUUGCUAACCGAGCGACAGUCUGUGCUGACCCAGGCUCUGGAAAACUCGCGGCAGAGAAGGGCAGAUGCCCUGGCCAAUCAGGUGGCAGAAAAACGCAGUCUGCUGGAGCACGCAGGCUUGAUUGCUUUUACUCACGAGCUGCUUAAAGAAAAUGACCCGUCCAGCUUUGUGCAUGCGGCCAGAAUAACACACAACCGAUUGUCCCAGUCCAUUGAAUCUAUGCAGCGUUUCUCUCUCUCUGCGGAUCCCUCAUUCCGUCAUUUCCAGCUUGAUGUUUCGAGAGAGCUUAAGCUCCUCACUGACUUGAACUUCAUCCAGGCCCCUCUUGCCCCUGUGAUCGACACCCAGCGAACCCUUGCGUACGACCAGCUAUUCUUGUGUUGGCGGUUACCGCAAGACUCCACUCCCGCCUGGCAUUUCUCUGUGGAAUUCCGUCGCCGUGGAGUUGUGCCAGGGGGCGGGGCCAGAGGGGGUCUCCGAGGGGGACUGGCAGCUGCCCGCUGGGGCUGGCAGAGAAUGGACGAGGUGACCGGGACCUGUGCAGUGAUUGACAGGCUGGAGAUGGACAGUGUUUAUGUGCUUAGGGUGAGAGGCUGCAACAAGGCAGGAUUUGGGGAAUACAGUGAGGAAGUAUAUUUACACACACCACCAGCUCCAGUUUUGAAUUUUUACCUGGACUCCCGUUGGGGUCUUCACGCGGACAGACUGGUGGUGAGUAAGGAGCAGCGUUGUGCUCGCAGUGUGCCCGGUCUCUCCCUGCUGCAGGCCGCUGAUCGCACCCUCACAUCCUGUCACCUGACGUCAGACCUACUUGUGGGCGAUGUGGCCAUAACGCAGGGCCGACACUAUUGGGCAUGCUCAGUAGAGCCCGGCUCUUACCUGGUCAAGGUUGGUGUGGGCUUGGAGUCCAAACUUCAGGAAUGGUUUCAUCUGCCUCAAGACAUGGCUAGCCCACGAUAUGAUCCAGACAGCGGCCAUGACAGUGGGGCUGAAGAUUCAUCCGAUUCCCCUCCCCCUUUCGCUUUCCUCACUAUGGGCAUGGGCAAAAUCUACCUGCCCUCAUCUGCCAACUCCCACCAUGGAAAUGCCAAUAACAGGGAGUCUGGCUUCACUAACGGCAACAGCCCUUCUUCGCCAACUGGCGUCACCUAUCCUCUCCCUCCCAGGCUGGGUGUGUGUCUCGACUUUGAGAAAGGACGUGUCACGUUUUAUGAUGCCCACUCGCUCCGCCCACUGUGGGAGGGACCUGUUGAUUGCUCCGCCCCUGUGUGUCCUGCAUUCUGUUUCAUUGGAGGCGGAGCUCUGCAGCUACAGGAGCUGGUAGCCAAUCGCAAUGCAAAUCAAACGCCUGUACGAAGAGUCACCAUCCAAUCACGUGUUACGAAACUGAACUGAGGCCAUUGAAAUAUUAUGUAUCCAGGAAAAUACCAACAGAUAUACACAGGAUUGUCAGAUUCAGUAUUGUUUUUAUAUUUACAUUUUAAAGAAGUUUUUAACUGUACCCAACAUAAACCUCUCAGCUUAAAAAUGUCAGUUUAUCUUCGCUAUUUCAUCUGACAUUAUAUUUGUGAGGGCCUUAUUGCUGCACUGCUUACAAAUGAAUCAUUAGUUGUGUGAUGCCACCUAUAUAGCCCUACAAAAAUAUUUUAAAAAUACAUAACCACACGUAUAUAUAGAAUAUAUGCAAAAAUGUAUACUUACCAGCUUAAAAUGGGCGACCUCUCUGUUCCAGUGUAGGAAAUGUGCCUCAAAGUUAUUGAUACUGUAUUCUCACUGUGUAUAUUUGGUAAUAUAAUAUACAGUGCAUUACAGUUUUUAUUAAUUUCCAAACAGUAGAAACUGCAGACUGUUACACAAGGCCUCAUUUUAUAACCCACAUUACUAUGGUAAACAUCUGCUGUUUUACCCUUUAGCCAUGUGCUUUCAAGACAGAUCUAUCAAACUCAGCUGUUAACUGGAGCAUGUAUAAAGAUAUUUCCCAAUGUAAGUCUAAUCCCAGACCAAAUGCUUUUUGCAACUUUUUUUGCUGUAGAUGCAAAAUGUUUGAUCUUUUUGAUGACAUUUGUGGCUUCUAGGCUGCUGUAGGCACAUGAAAGAUUGUUUUCUGAGUAAUUAAUUAAAGCACACACACUAUAGCUUACACAAAUCUGUGUAGUUGUUUAGAUUUCCCCUGUGCAAUUGGAAACAAUAUUUAAAGGCUAAUAAUGAAUCUCAUCGACUUAAAGGAAUGUUACAGGUUCAAAACAAGUUGAGCUCAAUCUACAACAUUUGUGGGAUAAUGUUGUGUCCCACAAAAACUUAUUUCAUUUAAAUGUUUAUUAAAAAAUUUAAUUUGCGAUUACAUUUAGAGACUUACAAUGGAAGUGAGCUCAAUCUACAACAUUUAUGGCAUAAUGUUGUGUCUCACAUAAAAUAAUUUAAAUGUUUAUAAAAAAAAAAAAGAAAGAAAAAUGUGCGAUUACAGUUUGAGACUUACAAUGGAAGUGAAUGGGGGCCAAUCCAUAAACAUUAAAAUGCACACUGUUUCUAAAGUAUAAGCAUGAAACAUAAACAUUAUAUGUGUCAAAAUGAUUUUAGGGUAAUAAAAUCAGGGAUUUAACUGGUGUUAUGGAAUUUACCAGAUUAUAAGAUGCACUGGCAUUACGUCAUCAUUACAAAGUUGUAAAAUUGGAUAGAACUUUACAUAAAUAAGUUUAUAUAAGGUAUUUUAUCACACUAAAAUUGUCUUAACAUGUAUAAUGUUUACAUCUCGUGGCUUUUGAAACUGUAUUUUUAGCAUUUAUGAACUGGCCCCAUUCACUUCCAUUGUAAGUGCCUUACUGUAAAUUCAAUUUUUUUUUUAUAGAUUUUACUGUAAUUCGUUUUUGACUUUGUAUUUAAUUUUGUGGUUAUCCAACAUUAUGCCACCAAUGUUGUUGACUGAGCUGAAACUGUAUUAAACCCAGAACAUUCCUUUAAAAUGCCGUGGAAUAGAUAGGAAGUGCACUGCUUUACUGAAUAUUUAUGCAAUUGAAAGUGUAAGAGUGUGCAAGUGUGUGUACUGCACUAAUCCCACCAUUGUAAAUCACGUUAUGCAAGCUUGUAGAGAAUAUUUUUAAGAGUUUGACUCAAGUGCUUGAUUUCAGUCUGGCAUAGGGCUGUGCUUCCCUGGAAUGGCUUUAAAGUGACAUUUUGGAGAGAAUGGUGGCUUUACCUGCUGGCAGAAUGUUUAGUUCACUAAUAAAUAAUUAUCU